UCGAAGCCAUGACAGUCAACAAAAAUUGAGGCACCUGUGCGUUCUGGAUUGUCAGUCAGGGAUAUUAUCAUUGAAAAUUCGGCGAAAUAUUUGUUCUGGUGAAUAAUUUUGUCAGAAAUUGAACUCGAAGAUGUCAGAUUAUUUCGAAGAAAUGGGAUGGACUCCACUUCAGGACGGAGCAACACCUAAUUCAUUGUUACAAAUGGCGCGAUUUUUACGAGACAUGGGAAUGUGGGAAAUGUUGGGGCAGCAUGAGAAAUUACCACCUCCUGCUUCAAAAGCAGCUGUGGAAGCACUCGAGGAAAUUAAAAUAACGGAUGCUGAAUCCAAACAGUGUCCAGUAUGUUUGAAAACAUUCGAAACUUGCGAUAUUGUUAAAUGUCUUCCUUGUCAUCACUCAUUCCACAAAGAGUGCAUAAUUCCUUGGUUGGAGAAGACAAACUCGUGUCCUCUCUGUCGACACGAAUUACCCACAGAUGACGAGGACUAUGAAUUGUAUAGAAAAGAAAAAGCCAGGGCAGUAGAACGAGAAAAAGAUUUGGAAACUCUACAUAACUCCAUGUUUGGUUGAUACAAUUAUGGGGAAUUAAUUUAUUGAGGAGUCGGAGGGAAAUUGUUAUGGUCGUGUUUUUACGAAUAAAAUGAGAUAUAUUUA